GGCCGCGGAGAUGGUGCUGCUGAGCGCACCGCGCUGGAUCCGCAGCCGCCUCACCGACCGCUUCUGGAGGGUGCAGGAGGUGCUCAAGUAUGCGCGGCAUUUCCGUGGAAGGAAGAACCGCUGCUACAAGCUGGCUGUGCGCAGCGUCCGGAGAGCUUUCGUGAAGUCCACCAAGGCCAGAAGAGAGAAGAAGAGAUUCCUAAGAGCGCUCUGGAUCACUAGGAUUGAAGCAGCUUCUCUUGAACAUGGUUUGAAGUACCCAGCUUUCAUAAGCAAUCUGUUUAAGUCCCAGGUGGCACUGAACAGGAAGGUGAUUGCUGAUCUGGCUAUUUACGAGCCAAAGACAUUCAAGUCCCUGGCUGCCUUAGCCCAGAGGAGGAGACAAGAAGGCUUCCUUGCUGCCCUAGGAGAUGGAAAAGAGCCAGAGGGGAUAUUUUCACGUAUGGUUCACCACUAUUGAUGUUAGAAGAGCCUGUGGAUACCUGUUACCAACAGGACCUUGUACAGCAGCAUAAGCUCACUGCUGAGCACUGCUAAGAAGAGAAUCUUCAAAGAUGGUUCCAGAAGGAGGAUGGAGUGGGUCUGGGUGCAAGGCUUGCACCUAGGUGAUGUUUUCCCCUGUACUGCAACUGAAAUGUGCUGAGUUAGAAACCAUGGUUUGAAGUUAGCAGUGUUAAGUCAGGUCUGUAGAAGUUCUGUUGUUAAUGGCACACUGAGCGUGUUAAGAACUUA